CACACACGUACCAGGUCGUUAACUAAACAGAACACAACAUUGACUUAUGCGAUGAAGUUACUCCUCGGCUUGUGGCUACAAGUCCUCUGUGCACUUUGGAUACAUUGCAAGGAUGUGACUGUCACUCAGCUUUCACAGGACGAUAUUUUGCUCCUUAAGGAUGAGGCAUACCCGAAAUGUUUCACAAGGACAGAAGAGGAUUUCACCUGCUUCUUUGAGACCACAGGAAACAGCACAUGCAAUUUCUACUACAACAUUGGCGAGCGGCCCAGAGAGAAAAGAUGUGACCUGUCAAUCCAGAGAACGACGGAAGGCACGUUCCUCCACAUCUGCUCAUUCCCGUAUUUGGACGUUGUCACCUACGUGGACAUACAUCUUAAAAUGGUGGAGCAGAACACCAACAUCACCAUCUGCAGUCGCACUAUCAGUGUGGAAGACCACAUUCUCCUGGCAGCACCCUCCAACGUGUCUCUACAGCAAAAUGGCAAAGCUGGCCAGCUGCAGGUUUCAUGGCUCAGCAGGGUGCCAAAAUACUGGGAGGAUAAAGUGAAAUACAGGAUCCGAUACUCCUCUGAAGGCAUGGAACAGAUGAUGAAAGAGGGAAUGGAAAAGUGGGAUGACACAGUGGUGCUAGGACCGCUUAUCCCAGGGAAAGAGGUCCAAGUCCAGGUCGCAGUCAAAUGUGCCAACAGUGACAAUGCAGGACACUGGAGUCCCUGGUCAGAUUCUGCAAGGGAGAUGGUGCCACAAAGUGCAGAGGACGUUUCACUGAAGUGCUUCACCUGUGACCUGCAAACCGUCACCUGUCAUUGGAACGUCAGCAAAUACAGCCAACCAAGACUUUUCUACAAAAUGCACCUGAGUAAGUCUACGGGCUGGACUGACUGGACAGAGUGUCUGGAUGAUGGGAUGCUGACCGACCAAUGCAGUUUUCAGGGGGAUACGUCCAGAAAAGUCCUAAUGAAACUAAGCAGUCCCACAGUUCCACUCAGCAGAACCUUUUACAGCCAAGAGUUCACAAUCCAAAACAUUGUUAAAACAUCUCCACCAGCUGAUCUGAGAGGAUCUCUGGAGGGAGGAAGAUUGUGUUUGACAUGGGAGGCACCUCAUAUUAUUACUCUGUCUGCCCACAUGCAAUAUGAAGUUGGCUGCCAAAUCAGAGAGAGCAAAUCAUGGCUGUUGGUUUCCCUAAAGGGCCCAUCAACAAGCACAUGUCUGGAGAUUCCCUCAAGGAGCCAAUACAAGGUGAAGGUCAGAGCGAGACCAAAUGGAUAUUUCUUUUCUGGUCAAUGGAGCGACUGGUCAAAUGUUCUCAUGGGAAAAACUCCUGCAGGAAUAGAUACUUUGCUUAUGACUUGCAUCCCUGUCACACUGCUGAUAACUGCCGUCAUCCUCAUCUCUUUGGUUUUUAUUUACUUCCAAAAACUGAAGCAGUGGUUGUGGCCGCCUGUGCCAAACCUCGACAAAGUCCUUCAGAGUUUCCUCACCGAGACCAACUUGCAGAAUUGGGACCUCCCAGUCACGACAAAACAGUACUUUGAGGAGGCGUGCUCUUCUUCUUUGGUGGAGGUCAUGUCUCAGCAGGAGGUCUCAGCGUUGGGUAAGUCGUUCCACGAAUCGACUCAACUCCUGUCGUCAGAACCAGAGCACGGCAGCGGAGACCAGGGAGACGAAAGCCCAAGAACAGAACUGAAAAUGUUUCCAGACUAUGUGACUCUGAACAGGGAGAGUGUCAUCAUGUGUGCCGCAGGAAACAAGUAUGUCUGUGAGCAGUUUGGGGAGAUAAGAGGCCUGGGAAUGGAGGGAGAGUUUCUUCCAAAAACAGGUCGCUGUUUCUGCAUCGAGGACUCGGUCUAUGUCCCCAAUAGCUUGGACACUGACUUACUAAACCAUUCCUACUUGCCUCUCUCCGAGCCUGCAGUUGCUGAAAAAGAGUCUGACAUUAGGGAGCCUGGCAACCUUUAUACAAACUUACCCUGCAGUAACAAGUUCUAGUUACAUUGCACAUAUGUUAUUGUCAAAUACGAGCAUGCUGGUAAUAAAUCAGCACAUCAAUAUUCUACUGUAUCAGUAUCUCAGUCUUCUUUAUUUCUGCUAAAAAAAAAUGCAUUAAGACAAACUGCUGAGUUUUCACAUUCUUGUGAUAUAUGAACAUGUUUUUAAAGGCCUACUGAAAUGAGAUUUUCUUAUUCAAACGGGGAUAGCAGGUCCAUUUUAUGUGUCAUACUUGAUCAUUUCGCGAUAUUGCCGUAUUUUUGCUGAAAGGAUUUAGUAGAGAACAUCGACGAUAAAGAUUGCAACUUAUGGUCGCUAAUAAAAAAGCCUUGCCUUUACCGGAAGUAGCAGACGAUGUGCGCGUGACAUCACGGGUUGUAGAGCUCCUCACAUCUGAACAUUGUUUACAAUCAUGGCCACCAGCAGUGAGAGCGAUUCGGACCGAGAAAGGGACGAUUUCCCCAUUAUUUUAGGGAGGAUGAAAGAUUCGUGGAUGAGGAGAGUGAGAGUAAAGGACUAGAAAAAAAAUGAAAAAAGACAGGGCAGUGGGAGCGAUUCAGAUGUUAUUAGACACAUUUACUAGGAUAAUUCUGGAAAAUCCCUUAUCUGCUUGUAGUGAGAUAUACUGGCGUACCUGAAAGUCGGAGGGGUGUGGCCACGGUUGUGGUGACCGCCAGUGUCUGUAAGGGAAGCCACGUUUCUCGACGAGGCGAAGCGAAGGCAGCCAGUCGCGCCAGGCUGAGCUUUUUUUCCCCGUCCUACACGGGGAAGCAUCCCACGGUCAGGUGCGGCCGGUCGGAGGAGGCAAGACAGUCCGCAGCUGCCUCUUUGACAGGUGCACGAGGAACGACACAAGCUCAGCUCAUGUCUACGGAAAGAGCCUACUUAUUACCACAAUUGUAUCACCGAAACCUGCCGGUUGACAUGUGGUCGGGAACCAUGUUCGCUUGAUCUCUCUUUUCCAUAGUAAAGCUUCACCUUCGGGAAUGUAUACAAGGAAACUCCGGCUGUGUUUGUGUUGCUAAAGGCGGCCGCAAUACACCGCUUCCCACCUAAAUCUUUCUUCUUUGACGUCUCCAUUAUUAAUUGAAAAAAAUGCAAAAGAUUCAGCAACACAGAUGUCCAAAAUACUGUGUAAUUAUGCAAUGAAAGCAGAUGACUUAUAGCUUGGAUCGGGCUGGAAAAAAAUGCCCGCUACAAUCCGUGACGUCACGCGCACGCGUCAUCAUACCACAACGUUUUCAACAGGAUACUUCACGCGAAAUUUUAAAUUGCAAUUUGGUAAACUAAAAAGGCCGUAUUGGCACGUGUUGCAACGUUAAUAUUUCCUCAUUGAUAUAUAAACUAUCAGACUACUUGGUGGGUAGUAGUGGGUUUCAGUAGGCCUUUAAAUCAUAUGCAGUUGGAAACAUUUUACUACAUAGCGUUUAGCCAGUAGAGGGAGCAAGCGGGUUGCAGAAACAAUGACUGGUGGAUGGCUAGUGUUUUGAGUCCAAACAUAAAAAACAUCCAUCCAUCUAUCCAUCUAUGCAUCCAUUUUCUACCGCUUGUCCCUUUCGGGGUUGCGGGGGGUGGGGGGUGCUGGAGCCUAUCCCAGCUGCACAUAUGAUGUUUUAUUUAAUUAUAAAACCAAAAUCUCACUGGAUCGUUUCGCAGCCGAGUGUGAAGCGACCGGAAUGAGAAUCAGCACCUCCAAGUCCGAGUCCAUGGUUCUCGCCCGGAAAAGGGUGGAGUGCCAUCUCCGGGUUGGGGAGGAGACCCUGCCUCAAGUGGAGGAGUUCAAGUACCUAGGAGUCUUGUUCACGAGUGGGGGAGGAGUGGAUCGUGAGAUCGACAGGCGGAUCGGUGCGGCGUCUUCAGUAAUGCGGACGCUGUAUCGAUCCAUUGUGGUGAAGAAGGAGCUGAGCCGGAAGGCAAAGCUCUCAAUUUACCGGUCGAUCUACGUUCCCAUACUCACCUAUGGUCAUGAGCUUUGGGUCAUAACCGAAAGGAUAAGAUCACGGGUACAAGCGGCCGAAAUGUGUUUCCUCCGCCGUGUGACGGGGCUCUCCCUUAGAGAUAGGGUGAGAAGCUUUGUCAUCCGGGAGGAACUCAAAGUAAAGCCGCUGCUCCUCCACAUCAAGAGGAGCCAGAUGAGGUGGCUCGGGCAUCUGGUCAGGAUGCCGCCCGAACGCCUCCCUAGGGAGGUGUUUAGGGCACGUCCAACCGGUAGGAGGCCACGGGGAAGACCCAGGACACGUUGGGAAGACUAUGUCUCCCGGCUGGCCUGGGAACGCCUCGGGAUCCCCCGGGAAGAGCUAGACGAAGUGGCUGGGGAGAGGGAAGUCUGGGCUUCCCUGCUUAGGCUGCUGCCCCCGCGACCCGACUUCAGAUAAGCUGAAGAUGAUGGAUGGAUGGAUGGAUAAAACCAAAUUAAAUCAUUAUUCAAAACAACUAACUCAUGUUCAUUGUAAAUUGUAUUGUAUAAUAGUACUGUACACAUUUUUAUAGCUAUUUUUAAUUAUGGUAAAUGGGUUAUACUUGUAUAGUGCUUUUCUACCUUCAAGGUAUUCAAAGCACUUUGACACUAUUUCCAUAUUCACCCCUUCACACACACAUUCACACACUGAUGGCGGAAGCUGCCAUGCAAGGCCCUUACCACGACCCAUCAGGAGCAAGGGUGAAGUGUCUUGCUCAAGGACCGCGACGAGGUUGGUAGAAGGUGGGGAUCGAACCAGGAACCCCCAGGUUGCUGGCACGGCCACUCUCCCAACCGCGCCACGCCGUCCCAAAUGUUCAACAUUUUUACAAUGGUGUCCAGACUUUUGGGACACCUUGUAUGUCAGAAUUUAGAAGCAAUGGACAUACAAUCGAUACACUUAAACGUAUACUUAUUUGUUGAUGAAUACUUAAUUUAAUAGGUAUGUAAAAAAAAAAAAAAAUUACAAUUCAAAAAUGACACAUGAACAUUAUCUUCAUACAAAACAUCAAAUAUGUGUUGCAUGUAUUGAUAUUAUUUUCUAUAUAAACAUCCAUCAGUUCAUUUUCUGUACAUAUAUUUUUGAUUGUUUUAAUUGUGUAAUAUACAAAUUUUUUGAAAUGUUUAAGACUUCAUUGACACUUUUUGGUCACUUUUUUAUAAGUCAGCAUUUAGCAAUAUUCAAUGGACAUACUCAUAUGAUACAAUUAAAAUACUUCCUAUUUAAUAAAUGCUUAUUUAGUUAAUUACAUUUAAAAAAAAUCUAAUUUGACAAACUAACAAUGGCAUAAAUGAAAACAUUUAUUUUGUAUCCAUCCUACAAAUAUGUUGCAUUUGUUAACGUCACUUCUUUUUCAACAUAUGUACUUUAUGUUCAAUAUUCUUUAAUUAUAUUAUAAACACAUUUUUACCCAUUUGUUUAGAUUUUAGGGACACCCUGUGUUAAUUUUUUGGUAAGUCAGCAUUCAGCAAAAUUCAAUGGACAUAUACAUUGAUGAUACAAUUCAACAAAUAACGAUCUUUUUUUUUUCAUAGAUACUAAAUAAAACAAUUAUAUAAAAUGUUUAAAUAGCUUUACAAUUUAAAAGUAAAUCGAUGAAAUAUAUUUUGUAUAAAAACUAAAAUAUAUGUUGAAUUUAUCAAUUGUAUAUUGUUUCUCUCUAUACAUACAGUACAGCCCAAAGGUGUGGACACACCUUCUCAUUCAAUGUGUUUUCUUUAUUUUCAUGACUAUUUACAUGAAAGGCAUCAAAACUAUGAAUGAACACUUGUGGAGUUAUGUACUUAACAAGAAACGUUGAAAUAACUAAAUACAUGUUUUAGGUUCUCGUUUCUUCAAAAUAGCCACCCUUUGCUCCGAUUACUGCUUUGCACACUCUUGGCAUUCUCUCCAUGAGCUUCAAGAGGUAGUCACCUGAAAUAGUGUUCACUUCACAGGUGUCAUAGUUUUGAUGCCUUCAGUGACAAACUACAAUGUAAGUAGUCAUGAAAAUAAAGAAAACACAUUGAAAUGAGAAGGUGUGUCCACACUUUGGCCUGUACUGUAUAUAUUUUAUAUAUACUCUGAUUGUAUAAUAUACACAUUUUUACUUGUGUGUGAAGACUAUAGAGACAUCCUUUGUGUGUUGUUGGUUUUUAUUUGGCUGUAUUUUUAAUUUUUUUUUGUAUCUUAUAUCGUAUUGUUUUCCAGUGAUGCUGGUAAAUCAUAACCCUGUGUGUAUUGUGCAACUAUUACAUGACGUGCUUUUAUUGUUUUGGUGGAGAAUAAAUUUGAUUAACAACAUGAAA